AUGUCUACUAUAACGACCCCCGCACUGCAGACUUCUUACCCUCCAAUCCUUCCAAAUUCUUUUAAUGCCAAUCAACCCAAAACAAUUCGUCUCUUUCCCCUCUCAAACUACACUUUCGGUACCAAAGAAACCCAACCUGAAGAAGACCCCUCCGUCAUCGCACGCCUCAAACGUCUCGAAGAACAUUAUGUCGAACACGGUAUGCGACGUACCUGUGAAGGAAUCCUUGUCUGCCACGAACACAAUCAUCCUCACAUCCUCAUGCUCCAAAUCGCAAACGCGUUCUUCAAGCUUCCGGGAGAUUAUCUAAAGCCCGAAGACGACGAAGUCGAUGGAUUCAAACAGAGAUUAAACGAGCGAUUGGCACCUGUAGGCACACAAUUUAGCGGGGAGGGUGUAAAUGAAGAGUGGGAGAUUGGAGACACGUUGGCGCAGUGGUGGAGGCCGAAUUUCGAAACUUUUAUGUAUCCUUUUAUCCCGGCGCAUGUUACGAGACCAAAGGAGUGCAAGAAGUUAUAUUUUAUUCAACUCCCUAGACAGAAAGUACUCAGUGUUCCCAAGAACAUGAAGCUCCUGGCAGUACCACUUUUCGAGCUCUAUGAUAACACGGCAAGAUAUGGACCUCAACUCUCGGCAAUUCCACAUCUAUUGUCAAGAUAUAAUUUUGAAUUUGUAGAUGAGAAGGGGGAUGUGGUAGCUGUUACUCCUGGUGGAGGACCAGAAGAAGGCUAUGUGCCAAAGACGAUCGUUUUGGCUGGAGGCGAUGAUGAAACAAUGGGAGAAGGUGAUCCUAAGGAAGAGAAUGGCGUUUGA